UUUUUAAAAAUGAAAGUUUUAUUAUUGAUUUUCCAUUUAAUGCAUGACAAAAAUACACCAACUAUUAUAAAUAGAGGGGAAAAACCAUUCUAGUGUCAUUCGAAAAUGAAGACGUUUAUGAUUAUAUGCUUUUUCUUAACUAUCGCAUUCUCUUACGGAGAAAUUGAUUAUGAUGAUAUCGAUGAUGGUGCUGACACUGAAGAUAUUUUCUCUAACUCAUCAAAUGAGCUAGAAAACGACUCAGAAGAAGAAAACGACAAAGAAGACAUCGAAAUCCAAAAUGAUAUUCAGGCAGAUCCUGCCACAUAUAUCUUGCCAAAGGAAUCAAAAUGGUCAAAGUUAAAAAGAAGAGUAAAAAAGUUUAACAACAAACUUAAGAACAAAUGGAGAAAAUAUUGGCUCAGAAGAAAACUCAAAAAGGCUCUUAAAAAAGGGUCGAUAAAAAUCUAAUUUUUUCAA